CUGCGAAGGUGCGUGUCGCGCGCUGUGGAGUAACUCGCGAGUACUGAAUGAGCUUCUCGCCAGCCUUCGGUCCCCCGGAGGAAAGUUAGUGCUGUGACUGUGUUGUGUUUCCGCAGAGAGUGUUAGUGUUGCGGAGAGCUCUCGACGCGUGUGAUAGUGUUCUCAACUGAGUCAGAAAGGGCGUUUCAGAGGUCCGUAGUGAGUGAUACGGCGAUACGCCAGAAAGAGAGCGCAAGCACUGUGAUAUCGCGCAAAUGUAGGCCUUCGGUUCCGCCUUCACGCCCGUCAGCGCUUGAAUGUGUCAAGGUCUCAGCGAAUCACACUUGAAAAUACUUGAAUAUUCACAGCGUGAUCCUCGUCUGAAUUUCGUGAUUGCACGAACAUGGGCGGUGUUCAGUGAAUUGGACUCCCUGCAUCAGACCGUGGGCGUGGGAAGUCCCGAGGGUGCAGCGCCUCCAGCAGCCACAUGAGGAGCGAGGAACUACUAUGGUUGGGACGGCAAAAGGGGCGAGAUGACGAGUGACGCGGAGAUCGGGGUGUGGGUGGACGGCGUGCAGAAGUGGGUGACGGGGGUGACGCGGCGAACCACCUGCCAUGACGUCAUCAAGGCGCUUCUCCGGGCGCAGAGUGCGCGCGCGGAGGACAGUGACGUCAUGCAGUACGUUAUCGUGGAGAGAUGGCGCAAAGUGGAGCGACCUCUGGACCACGAGCAAAGAAUACUCAAGGUGUGGCGAACGUGGGGCGAGGCCGUGGGCGAGGUGCGGUUCUCCCUGCGGAAGAUGCGCGACGGCGAGGCGGCCGGCGGCGCGGGCAGCAGCGGCCGCGCGGAGAGAAGCCGACGGCGACACAGGAUGCGGAACGUCCACGGCUCCAAGGAGGCGCUCAACCCCAAGAAGCUGGCCAAGGACGACCCCAAGUUCAGUGAGACGAUGGAGCGGCUGAUGCGGCUGGUGGUGGCCCAGGGCGAGACCAUCCAGACGCAGCUGCGGCGCCUGCAGGAGCGGGAGUGCCAGAUCGAGCAAUAUGAGCAGCAGAUGCACCUCCUUCGCGUCCAGAACCUUGGCAGGGACUACUUGUUGCAUUCCUACCUCAAGGACGAUGGCUGCGAGACCAAGGACGAGCCCGGGAGCGAGGAGAAAAGCAACGACUCGGGCGUGGUAACGGAGGAGGCGUCGCAGACGCUGGAGGGCAUGACGGCGGAGGAGGAGGCGGCCACGUCGUCGGAGCUGGAAGAGUUGCAGCAGAUCGCGGCGCAGCUGACGAGGAUCGAGGACCUCAACAACCGCCUGCUGCACGAGGAGGAGACCAUGUCGGGGAUGAACACCGCUGUGCAGGCCGCUCACGAGCAACACAAAGACGAGGCCGAGUUGCUGCAGCAGGAGCUGGUCUGCGUCGCGCACGUGCACGCGCAGCUGGUGGCGGACGUGCGGCAGAACGAGCAGAGACUGCGGGAAACCGAGGCGAUGCUUUGGCAGCAGCGCAAGCAGCUGGAGAUGUUGCUGCAGGAGGAGACGGAAUCCGACCGAGAGACGCAGGCCCUGAGAGAACACCUGGACUACAUCAUCCACCUUCCUCCCACGGCCUUUCGCCUCCCCGCGGACCCCCCUCUUCCCCAGGUGCACGUCCCUCCCACAGCCGCCACCACCGCGACCACAGCCGCCAGUGCCACGCCGAGAGUCCCUCCUGUAAAUAGUGCCAGCGCACCCGUCGCAGUGGCACCACCCUCCACAAAGCUUAAUAAUAAGAUCAGCAAAAAUAACUCGACGUCAGACGACAAGGACGUCCCGCCUCCUUUGCCCGCGUGCCCUCCGCCCAUAGACGAGGAGGAGGACGAGGACGACGGGGACUCGGCCAAAAACAGCAGUCUCUGCGUGAGCUCGCGGUCCAGCACCUCGUCUGAAGCCUCGACGAGUAGUAACACGAGCGGGUUUGGCAGCAAGACCCCCAGCACCUCAGCACCAAAGUCCUCCUCCUCUUCCUCCACGUCGUUACCCUCGUCCUCACUCCCUUCCUCCACCAAAGCCAGUGAAGGAGGAGGAAAAGAUACAGACUCAACAGACUCGAACUCAGACACAGGGCUGAGUUCGCUCCACAGUAGUAGUGACGAGGGAGUUUAUGUGUUGGAUACUCUUGUCUAAAAGUGAAAGAGAAAGAAAAAAUAUAUAUAUAUAUUCACCCUUAUAUGUGCAGCGAACAUUUGGACAAUUAUAGACACAAAAUACUUGAUAUUUAUCACAAGGUUGAGUUAUGUGAAUGUAAAAGAUUUUCUGACAGACAGUACUGUCACUGCAACAUAAACACUGAACAUGGAUAUAUGUGUAAGUUUAUGUGAUCUCAAUGUAAAUGUGUAUGGCAUGGUCUUGUCAAUAUUUGAUAAAACUUGUGCAAAACCAGUGAAGUGAGUUAUCUCACAGUGAAAUGUGUACUGAAGAACAAUAAAUAACAUCUAUAGACAGUAAUGCACUGGAUGUUUUAUAAGUAUAUAUAUUGCUAUGUAGAUAUAUGUGCAACGGUCUUCAGUGUCGUGUUUUAUCAACAACUGAGAUUAGAGUCUAUCACAGAGUAUAUAUUUCCUAGAUAUUCAUUGGUGCCUUUGGAGAGAGGUUCACCGUCAGCUCAGUGUCGAAGCUUUAUUGUGAGUUUUAAGAAAUGGUCUUAGAUAUUCGGGUGAUCUUGAGUCUAAUGCAAGAAUUCCGACGUUUAUUUCAUCAAAAGGACAGCACGUCAUUUCAAACAUGGCUUUAUUCCAAUUUCGUCUCUUCAGUAAAAAAAAGGAGGGUUCAACAUUAGAGUCAAAGUUGCCUGUUCCACCUUAUUCAUGUGUACAUAUUGAUGAUCUUUGUAGACUCACUUCCUUUACUUGACGAUGCGUAUCAAGUAUGUUUAAAGCAAGGUCAGUGCUCUACAAGGCUGUGAAUCUAUAAACUCAGUGAUUCUUUGACAUCAGGGAUGUUCAUCAAGCAUUUUCUCAUCAAUCCAAGAAAUAAGUAUAUAUUAUAUAUAAAUAAAUAGAAAAGAAAACAAAUUUUGACUUUUCCCUACCGCUAUUAGGCCAAGCCUUCACACCAUAAGUGCAGAUCAUACAAGUCAAACAUAACACGAAUUCACUCUUGCUUACAAUAUAAAAUACAAGCCUGAUUUAAGGGCUAAGUUGGUGAUAUCUGCUUGAUUUGGGUUCAGUAAGUUGUUCUUUUACAAGUUUGUAUACAUAUUUGCCUAAUGAUUUAUGUGUAUGAAACAUGAUUAUAACUGUUAAUAUGUUUUCUAUUAUGGCUUACUUUCAGUCUUGCCAUUUUCUGGAUAUACAAAGUAAAAUCAGUACAGGUUGUUUUAAAAAGAUAUACCAUAAUGAUCACUGCGAGAAUACCCAAAUCCAACAGCAUUCCAUUGCUGAUAUUGUUCAGUCAGUUAGAUAGCAUCCACUUAUAGCUGAUCUAAAUCCUGCUAAUUUUAUUUAAGGGAGUAAGUGUUUCAUUUUCGCUUUAUUUUAUAAUUCAACUUCAUUCCAACUGCCCUAUUAAAAUAUGAAGGUUGAACCUCACAAGUCCGAGAAGUUUGUGACCAGAUAGCUUCCUAACUGGUAUAAGGCAUACUUAGAGGCAAAAUAUCAAUUAACCAGGGUGGUGUAGCGUCACUGUACAUGACCUGGUAGACCCUUUCAAUGACUGCCUGAUUAGUGAGGUUCAGCCGGAAGUACAUUCUGCAUUUUCUACUUUUCAUAAAUGUAAACAUAGCACAAGUCCUUAUUGAGUUACACAUAUUUCACGUGCAUUUGUAAGGUUUCUUGUGAACUGCUUCAUCUCAUUCAAAGAAUGAAAUAGAUUCUAUUUUACUACAAAACCUUGAUGUCGUAAACCUUUCGAGUAUUAUCACUAUUAGCUAUCACUGAGCUUGUCAUAAUAAGGAUAUUUUAUCAUGCAAUAGAAGUACUUUGAAACUGCAGAGAAGUAUGGUGUGGUGCAUGAUAUAUGUAUGGCCAGUAGUCACAGCUUGCAGGAUUUGUGUGAAAGUCUUCGUUUCCUACUGAUAGUUAAUAGUUGACAAGAUGACUGAUGUCCACUUCAAGAAUACACCAUUUACGUACUGAGUUGAACAGUUUUAUUAUUGUGGAUUAUUAGAAAGGGUAAAUACCAGUAAUGUCUAAUGAAUAUAUGUUAUUGAGAUAACUGCAGAACCAUUACGAAAGUAAACAAAGUGGACCAUUAUUACCAUCAGUAUUGUUUUGCAUAUUACUUGGUAUUCAAAUUUUAUAUCAUAAUAAAGAAAUCGUAACUUUCAUUUAUCGUUUUUUCACUGCCAAACAAUCUUAAGUUACAGAAGGUCCAUUUUUUUGGUAUAAUAAUAGUCAUAUACAGUUCCCUUUUGAUUUAAACAGAUCAGAUAAUCCAUAAAAACUAUCAAACAUAUUCAACUCGUCAGUGCCUACCUUCUGACAAAAGAAAACACUGGCCUUUUGUUCUGAUGGUGCACAUACAGUCUCGAAAAAAAUGGUGAAUAUAUGGUAUGUAUAUAUUCACUUGACUGCAUGUGUAUGCUAACACCGACAGAAAAAACAGUGUGACAUGCUUAGACGUCGUAAACCAAUGUCUGAAUGGCUCUGGACCCCAGUGUGUUCAGAUGACGUGACCGAGACGACCCUCUCUUCCCCCUGCCUCCUCUGCAUGUGAUUCCAGUGUGACCCCAGUGCCUUCAACCAUCAGUAUUUUGUGUCUUCAGUUGCAUCUUGGUACAAAUGUGAAUAUGAUCUAAAACCAAUGAUGUUGAUAAUACUAUUUUUUAUGAAUAGUGAUUACGUAUGAUGUACAUAUUGUGUAGAGAUUUUAUAACUUGUGUAUAUAUGAUCCUAUCAAUAAUAAAUUUUACUUAUGGAUGUU